AUGCUUAUUGGCAUUCUGCUAUAUCUGUCCCUGUGGACAGCUUUGGGGUUGGCUCAGAAAUAUUGCACUCGCGAAUUCAAUUCAGCUGUCAUCAAUAACCAAACCCUCUAUAUCGACGGUGGUGAAGUGAGGAAUAUUUACUCGAAUCAGAGCAUCAUAGCAGAAGCAGCCCGCGAUCUCCUAGCAAUUGAUCUCUCCAAGCCAUUCACGAAUUAUGACAAGGACUUGUUCACCACCAUCAAAAAACCCUUCAAUGCAUCGAAACCAGCUCAGUACCCACCUGUGAUGAAUGAGGGCGCAACCUUUUCGGAUGGGUCCAAUCUAUACUUCUACGGUGGCUACAUUAGUGGCCACCUCGAGCCAAACAUAGUUCCACCGCUGGCAACCUGGAGGUAUGACAUUGAAAAUGACGAAUGGACGUCGGAUGGGUUCAAGGGCUACCCUGUCAAGCGACUAAGCGAAGGAGUCACAGCUCAAUCCAACGUCAAUCGAAAGGCAUAUUAUCUGGGCGGUUUAUUGGACCCCGGUGGUGAUCCCGAUGUCUAUGGCACUGACGGAGCAGGACCUUAUCCUGACUCUGGGAUGGUUGUGCUUGAUCAAGAGACUCUCACAUGGUCCAACCUGUCCACCCAAAGCAUGAACCACUUCGGAACGAUCGCCGACGGAUACAUGAAUCUGAUUGAGAACUUUGGCGAUGAGGGAAUAUUGCUUGCUUUCGGUGGUAGCACACGACCUGUGGCACAGCCCAUGGAUCUUUUGGCCGCCUCUGUGAUGAACUUGAAUUAUCGAAAUUCGAUGGAGAAUAUCUCCGUGUAUGAUAUUGCCAACGAUGAGUGGUACACUCAGCAAAGCACGGGAGAUAUCCCCCGUUGGCGAAUGUCUGGAUGUAGUGUCGUUGCUCCCGCACAGGACCUCUCAUCUUUCUCCAUAUACGUCUUUGGUGGUUCGUCCAACGACACUGAAUCAUCUGAUGGGAAUGUGUACGUCCUUUCCAUACCUUCCUUCCAAUGGAUCCAGCUUGAAGGGAGCAAUGCUCUCCGAAUCAAACAUAAGUGUCAACUUGCAGGGCAACAUACCAUGCUAGUAGUGGGAGGCACAGUCCCAGUGGAUGGCAACGAAUAUGAACCGUUGCAAGCCAAUUGCGACAGUGACAUUUUCGAGAAUGGCAUCGGUAUAUUUGACCUCAACAAGCAUCAAUGGAAAACCAAUUACGAUGCCGAUGACGACAAGUACACCAUUCAUUCCAGUAUUUCCGAUGUUAUCGGUGGAGGAAAAACCGGCGGUGCCACCGCGACAGAACCCAAAAAAGGAUGGAACAGCACCGAUCUGGCCAACGUGUUUAAAAACAAGCACGUGGUUUCGUCUGGCGAUCAAACAUCCAACGGCACAACCUCAUCCACCCCCAGCGCAUCCCCGUCCAACACGGACUCUAACUCUAUUUCAAAAGGUGGCAUUGCGGGCGCUACCAUUGGUGCAGUGGCUGGUGCUGCCGCUAUUGGAGGGCUUGCGUUCUUCCUGGUCGCUUAUAAGGGACGCCGCAAUGCGAAAGAAGAUUCCGCCACUGAUGAGCCUCUCAAAAAGAAGCCGAGUUGGGCUGAGCUUCAUGGUCAAGACAGGCCUUUCGAAUUGGCGGCGACUGGGACGGGUGCUGCUGUCGCUGAGAUGCCGGAUGAUCCGACUCGCGAAGAACAGCAGCAACAGCAGCGCCAGGAACUUCCGGCGGAUACAAAUUGGUUGCCAGAGAUGGAUGGCUCGCAGACUAGGAAUUAA